ACUGUAUCCUGUUAUAUGUACAUGUUGUGAUAUAACUAACAUCCUUGAGAUUUAGCUUUAUCUCAAGUAUGUAAUUUCAAAAUGUAAAAAAAAAAAUAUUUUUACGUACAUAUGAUUUGUCCGCGAACGCCGACGAAAAUAAUGUGCAGUGUUUUACGCAAGGAAUUUAAAUUGGCUCAUUUUAGCCUGUCGCACCACAGUAGAGAUGACUUUAUUUUUGCUCAGUGGCAAUGGAAGCAUGCUGUAUUCCAAGUGUACCGGGUAUCUAUUGCUCUCUACACAUCAGCGUUCAUUCUCUACAUACUUUCAACAGGGAUGAGCAAUGAUAUGGCAUAUCUCACCACGUGGACGUAUCUGGUGCUGACCUUUAAUUUUCUGUUUUCCGCUUUUAACGCAGUCUUUUACACGUGCAGAGGACACGUGGGCCAUCAGCACGAGUCGGAGUCAUUGGCGUUUGCAGAAAAUAGAUCCGGCGAACACACAUAUGGUUGUAUCUCAAACGAAGAAAUGUCUGGCAGUGUCAAUUUACAGAAAACCAACAGAAGUGAAAUAUCACCUAGUAGAGAUGCUCAUGACAAUGUUAACAAUGGACAUAUACCAAGUUAUCCCAACCAGGAAGGCACCAGCUCAACAAAUCAUGAUGUAAUUACAAUACCAAUGAAAGCAGCAUGGGUUCUUGGAAAUACUUUGCAAGUGUUUGCAAUAAUUGUCUCUCUUGUUUACUUUAUAGUCCUUUAUCCUGCCAUAGGUCACACGAGUUUCUGGGAUAUCAACUUGCAUGGUGUUAACUCGUUUCUUGUCAUAAUUGACACGUGCAUUUCUGCGAGACCAGUCCGUUUGUUACACCUAAUUCACCCAUUGAUUUACGGCAUGUGCUAUGUUAUAUUCAGCGCCAUCUACUGGAGUUUUGAUCACGUGAAUAAUGUAUUAUAUCCGGGUGUACUUGAUUGGAACUAUCCCGGAACUACUUUCAUAUGGAUUGUGGCCUUAGCACUUGUUGUUGCCCCUUUAUUACAGUUGAUAUAUUUUGGUGCCUACCGUUUAAGACUGAAUAUUUACCACCGCUACAUACUCUGAAUGCACAAUUGCACAGAGAACAUUAAAAAACAGUUACACCCUGAUCAAACCAGUUUGGCAGGGAUUGGGUAUACGGAGGGAAGUUGUUUGGUGGAUGCGGGGAGAUGUUGUGGCGAGCGGUUUGUUUGAGAAUGUACUGGACUCACAUUUGCCCCGUUCUUUGGUGUUUUCUUGAAACUCUAUACAAAAACAGAUGAUAAAUAGAACUAUAGCCUUGUUUUGCAUUUUUAUAAAACGAUUUUAUAUCUUUGCCUAUUUUUUCACCGUUUAAUAAAUUGAAAUUAAAAAACGAAACUUAAUACAGUGAUGAACAGUUAUAUUUGCGUAGUCCUGAGUGCUUAUGGU